AUGACUACUGGUUUGGUUUUAAAUCAAAAUGACUAAAGUUAUGAAUGACAAUAACAACUGUACAGUUCUCAGUAAUAUAAAGUCUAUUAAUAUCAAAGAAGUGUGUUUAAAUAAAUGCACGCCUUCGUUUCGAUUUGACACGCGCGCUUCCGUUAGGGAGGAGUUAACUUCCGGUGUGCUCGCGCCGCUGGGUGUCAUGGGCAUGAAGCGGGUUUAUCACAUGAACUGAGAUAAAAAGUCAGAAAUUAGUUUUUUAUCUGGUUUCAUUUCGGAUUACUGAUUAAUGACGAGCUGAAAAACUCUGUACAGAGACAACAGUGAGAUUACAGAGAGGAAAUCCGUCACCAUACGUUGUGAACACAGGUUCUGAGGAUGGUGUUGUCAGGGUUACGGUUGUCACGGCAGCAGCUGAAGCGGUUGGAGGAGCACAGGUAUAGCAGUGAAGGUAAAUCUCUCAUGGAGCCGCUCAUGCAGCCGUUCUGGUGCUGGUUGGUGGGGAGAGUUCCUCUGUGGGUCGCCCCCAACCUCAUCACCAUCAUCGGCCUCGCUCUCAACAUCACCACCACACUCAUCCUGGCCUACCACUGUCCAACUGCUACUGAGCAGGCUCCUACGUGGGCAUACCUGUCCUGUGCACUAGGGCUAUUUAUCUACCAAUCACUGGACGCCAUCGAUGGUAAACAAGCGAGACGGACCAAUAGCAGCACUCCACUCGGGGAACUCUUCGACCAUGGCUGUGACUCACUCUCUACUGUGUUUGUGAUUCUCGGUACAUGUAUAGCUGUUCAGAUGGGGACGAACCCUGACUGGAUGUUCUUCUGCUGUUUUGUGGGUGUGUUCAUGUUCUACUGCGCUCACUGGCAGACCUACGUCUCAGGAACCCUGCGCUUUGGCAUCAUCGAUGUGACUGAGGUACAGAUGUUCAUUAUCCUGGUGUAUCUCCUGGCUGCAGUAGGAGGGUCAGUGUUCUGGCAGUCUGUGAUUCCAGUGUUGAAUAUCCAGAUGAAGAUGAUCCCUGCCUUCCUCACCUUCCUGGGAGCCAUAUUUUCCUGCACUAACUACUUCCCGGUCAUCUUCACAGGGGGGAGGGGCAAGAACGGCUCCACCAUUGCGGGGACGAGUGUGCUCUCUCCAGCGUUCCACAUCACCCUGGUGUUGGUGUUGGCCGUGUUGGUGUAUAAGACGUCAGCAGAGCAGCUGUUUGAGAAAAACCCGUGUCUCUUUGUGUUAGUGUUCGGCUUCGGCUCUGCGAAACUCACCAACCGCCUGGUGGUAGCCCACAUGACGAAGUGUGAGAUGCAGCGCAGUGAUUCUGCGUUCAUUGCUCCUCUUCUGCUGGUUAUUAAUCAGUACUUCAACAGUUUCAUCAGUGAACACUUCCUCCUCUGGGGGGCGCUGGUGUUCUCUGCAUGUGAUCUGGUGUGUUACUGCACAGGUGUGUGUGAGCAGAUCGCCACUCACCUCAACAUCAGUGUGUUCAGUCUUCAGAAACCCAAAAACUGCCGCAACAACCACCACUAACACACACACACACACACACACACACACACACAUACAUUCUCCGUCCUCCUGUUAUACUCCUAAAGCAGGUCAGUCACUUCGGUGAACAAACGCACACACACACGUGCGCACACACACACACACACACACACAGAAUCAUGUGACUUUUCUCCAGAAUGGAGAUUUUAUAGAUGAGAAAUUACAGAAUUAUUUUCAUUACAUUAACAUUAUUAUUUUUCUGCUCUAACUUCAUGUUAAAGCUGAACAUUAGUGUUGUUUUUAAUUCUAACAGAAGUGGAUUCUCUGCUGGUCCUCAACAUGAACAUUUAUACUUUACAUGUAUAGUCCAGUUUAUAUGUGGAGUCAGGAGGCGUGUCAUUUAUUUUCAGUGUUCAGUAUUAACUCCUAACACACUGGUCUCUGUGCUAAUACAAGGUAGUUAGCAUGAACAGGUGAGUUCUAGUGUGUGCUGAUAACAGGCAGGGACACACACAGGGACACACACAGAGAGAGACACACACACACAGAGAGACACACACACACAGGGGGACACACACACAGGGGGAGACAGACACACACACAGGGACACACACAGGGACACACACACACACAGGGAUACACAGACACACACACACAGAGACACAUACACACACACACAUGGGGGACACACACACACAGGGACACACACAGGGACACACACGGAGACCCGAACACACACACAGGGACACACACACAGGGACACACACACAGGGACACACACGGAGACCCACACACACACAGUGACACACAGACACACACACACAGAGAGAGAGAGACACAGAGACACACAGACUCGCACACACACAGACUCACACACACACAGGAGAGCAGUGUGUAGAUGUUGAUAGAGGAUCAGAUUAAUACUCACUGCUUCUUGUUGUGUGUGUUGUGGUGUGAGGGACGUGUGGUCAGUGUUGUGUGUUCUUAUAAAAAGGUCUGUGUGUUUAGUUUAUUAGUUCUGUUACAGUCCUCAAGGCCUGAAGUCUUCCAACAUGUAAAGAUCUGAACAAUAAAGCAGCAGGAGAAGAAGCUGUAAAGUCAUUGCACUGUGUAUGACACACUCUGGUUGACUUCCUCACACACUAGCAUGCUAACUAGCUAGCACCAAUCAAAUGUAUUAAAAGUAAAAAUAUUUGUACUUUAAACUGUGCAGUGCAUUCUGGGUAACUGAGUCCUCCAAGCUGGAGAGAACAUGUAACCUGGUCACCGAGGGGAAGCGGACGAGGGCGCGCACGGAAACGCGGUAGCGGGCGGUGAUGUCACAAAGUUAAGCUCCGCCCCUGAACACUGGGAGAGUGUUGAGUGGUUUACACUCCUGAGUUAAUGUGAUGACCUGAUGAUCACGUGCCUUUCUCUGUUCAACUGAACUCUAUGCACAUGACGUUUUACACGUGAACCACGUCACAGCUUUCAUUCUUCAUUUAAACGCGUGUGAAAGCUUUAAAGGUGCAGAAAGUUACACUGAGUCUCAUGAGGUGUUUUAUUCUCAUCAGGUUUUAGUGUGUUGUUGUUUUACGCUGCAGCACAGGUCACGUCUCAGAUUAAACCUGUGCUCUGGACUCACAUCCUGACUUCCUGCUUCUUCAUUUAAUCCUCUGCUGUGCUUCAUGUUUACAUUCAACAUCCUUCUGGGUAACCUUUCACCGUGUGGGCGGAGCUAUAAACACCGCUGCUCACUGAUCGUCUCAGUGGUGAUGGUGAUGAUGAUAAAUAAAUAAAUAAAUAGCAAUUUCUUCUCCAGCUCCAAAUUAUGAACCGAUCACAAAUUCUUUCCUCAUUCACUCUUUCAAAGUUAAUUUAUUUGCUUAGCGUUUUUAACAAAUUCCCUUUUGUCUCAAAGCAGCUUUACAGAAGCAUAGAAACAGAAGAGAGAGAAAUAAAUAUAUUUAUUAAUAAUAAUAAGAAAAAAUAAAUAAAUGAAUAUAUACAAUUAGUUUAAGAUGAAUUUAAUUACUGUAAAUAAAGUGUAAUUAAUACUGUAAUUAGUGCUCACUAGUGUUCGUGUACCCUACAUAGUGCAGCUACAGAUAACCUGAAGGGUUUAUUGGGUUUUUCCCCCUGAUGUGAACAUGGAGCUCUUUCUGUGCUCUCGCUCACUCGCACUAACACACUACCUCACUUCUGUAACGAUGAUCUGAUUCUCUCUGUCUUUAUUUUUGUUCUACUUCAGUUAAUGUAGUAAAGCAGCAUCUAGUGCUGUCACCUGCACACACACUCCACUGUAACUCUGGGGUUCGGCUCCGUUCCCUUUACACUUCGGAAGCUGUGGUCAGGGUUUCCUGUUGACGUUGUGAGCAUUUUAUUCUUAAUGUGAUCUUAAUGUGAUGGGUCAUGUUCUAUUGUUCACCUGCUGCAUAUGCAAAUGAGGUGGGAGGAGCCUACAGCCUGUUGCACCUUUAAUUCCUCUGUUCAUGACAUUACAACACAUUAAACAUGAAGUAUUUGUGUGUGUGCGUGUGUGUGUGUGUGUGUGUGUGUGUGUGUGUGUGUGUGUGCGCGCGCGCGCUGUCCUGUUUACCUCUUUAACACAUUGUGUGUUUGUGGAUAUUCAUUUCCUCACAUUCCUUAAAUAAAUCAUUGUGUUUUCAUUUGGAUUAUUAUUUAUUAUUAUGAUUAUGAUUAUUAUUACUUUAUUAAUAUUUUAUUAUUAUUACUAUUUUUAUUAAUUAUUCCUACAGAUUUUGUAGAGACUCCUGUUUUGAUCUGAUUUUAUUGCAUUCCUUUUUAUAACAUAUUUGUCCCCGUAGUGCACAGUGUAGUGAGCAGGAUGUGAUACAGGGGCAUUACUGAGUGAACCCAAAGCAGGUGUGUGUUCACUGCAUCACUGCAUCACUUUAGCAAAUGUGUUAAUGGUUUUGUGUUAAUGUGCAAUUCCACGAUGCAGUGUAAGAGAUCGACACCGUAGGGUUCAGUGGCGUUCGUCAGUGUCCAGACUAUUUAAAUACAGAUUACCCACAAUGCACUGUGGUCAGUAUAACUGAUUAGGGGGUGUGGUUUGGGACACAGUGGGAGUGACAUCAACACAACGAGGAGUUUAAUUAAUUUAUUUAUUUUUUGUUCAUUUUGAACCCACUGAGUUUCAUCUGGUCUGUAUUUUAACUGUACACUGAAUGUAAUCAUGUUGAUUUGUAACCUUGUCCAGUGUAAAAAAUAAAGACUGUUAUAUUAACAUCAA